AUGCCAAGGGAGCCAGCGUCUCAGGAUCUCUUUUUUGAAAUUCUUCGUCGUAAAACUCACAUUUUUUGUGAUGCCAAAGAAAACGCAACUGUGAUGGAAUUGAAGAGAAUUGUUGAAGGUAUUUUAAAGCUACCGGUCGGAAAACAAAUUUUGAAGAAGCAGAAUGACGAGGGAUAUUGGUUGCCGCUUAGCGAUGAGCAGACUCUUUCGGACUGUGGAUUCAGCUCGCUGAAUGCACGUGCUCAAGCACCGGCUUCGAUUGCGCUUGUGGUCGUGAACGGUUAG